AAGAAAAAUCCCCAAAUUAUAUAUUAGGAGCGUGCAUGUCCACAUUUACUUAACGAGUCCUGAGUCACUAUUUGCCUUCAAUCAAAACAAUAAACAUGAGAUUCUCAACCUCGAAGAGAGUACUCAUACUUGUUCCUUUGAUCCUGCUUGUUAUUUCGCAUUCUUCACUUAAUGUUGGUUCUAACUCUAUUGAUGAAGCACGUUCCCUGUUAAAAUGGAAAGCCAGCCUUAACCAAGCCAGCCCGCUCCUGUCUUCGUGGAUUCUUUAUCCAACUUCAAGUUCUAGCCACCUUGAAACGAAUGCAAGCCCAUGUUCCUGGCAUGGAAUUAGCUGCAACAGAGCUGGAAGAGUCCAUAAUAUCAACCUCACAAGUUCCGGUUCAAAAGGUACGCUCCAAGAAUUUCCAUUCUCGUCCCUUCCUAAACUCGCAUACGUUGAUCUCAGUGCUAACGAAUUAUAUGGCAUCAUCCCACCUCAAAUCGGUCACCUUACCAAGCUCAUCUAUCUUGAUUUGCAAAUUAAUCUGUUGUCUGAAAAAAUUCCACCAGAAAUUGGCCUUCUAACAAAUCUUAGAACAUUGCACCUCAAUGACAAUAAGUUAAAUGGCUCAAUUCCAAGAGAAAUGUAUGAUUCAAUUCCUUCUUGCUUGGGCAAUUUGACUAACCUUGCUUGGUUAUCUCUUUACAAUAAUUCACUUUCUGGUCCCAUUCCUCUAGAAAUUGGAAAGCUCUCCAAUUUGGUUGAACUUUACCUGGACACCAACAGCCUAACAGGUUCCAUCCCUUCCUCUUUAGGCUUCUUAGAGAAUCUCACUGUGUUGAACAUGUUUAACAAUCAACUUUCCGGUCCCAACCCUGAAGAAAAGAAUUUGAAGUCUCUUACGAAUCUAAGCCUUAACACAAACAUUCUUUCUGGCACAAUUCCGGCAUCAUUAGGUCAGCUAAGAAACAUUGAACAACUUUAUCUCUACCAAAAUCAACUUUCUGGAUCCAUUCCUGAAGAGUUGGGAAACUUACUGUCUCUUGUUGAUCUAGAGUUGAGUGAGAAUCAACUAAAUGGUUCGAUUCCUGCUUCAUUUGGUCUUUUAAGCAACUUACAAAUCUUAUUCCUUCGUGACAACGAACUUUCUGGUUCCAUCCCCCAUGAAAUUGGAAAUCUAAUGAAAUUAUCUGAGCUGGACAUUGACAAAAACCAAUUCACUGGUUUUUUGCCCCAGAAUAUUUGCGUUGGAGGAUUACUUGAGAAAUUGGCCGUGAAUGACAACCAAUUCACAGGUCCAAUCCCUGGAAGUUUGAAAAAUUGCUCAAGCUUAGUCAGAGCCCGUUUUGAUGGAAACCAACUCCAUGGAAAUCUUUCUGAAGAUUUUGGUGUAUAUCCGAACCUGAAGUUCAUAGAUCUAAGCUACAAUAAAUUCUAUGGUGAAAUCUCAUCCAACUGGGGGGGGUGUCACAACUUGUCGACCCUAAAGAUUGCAGGGAACAAUAUUUCGGGUAGGAUACCGACUGAUAUUGGAAAUGCCUCUCAACUAAAAGUACUUGAUCUUUCUUCAAAUCAUUUAUUUGGAAGGAUUCCUAAUGAAUUGGGGAAGUUGACUUCUUUAUUGAAGGUGGUCUUAAAUGACAAUAAGCUUUCUGAGGGGAUUCCUUCAGAAUUUGGAUCAAUAACUGAUCUUGAGUAUCUCGACCUGUCGGCAAACAGAUUGAACCAAUCAAUUCCCGAAAAUAUUGGAAACUUGGCUGCACUCAUCUAUUUGAAUUUGAGCAACAAUGAGUUUAGCCAAGAAAUUCCAAUUCAGUUGGGGAAGUUAACUCACUUGUCGGAGUUAGAUUUAAGCAGGAACUUUCUCACAGGAAAGAUACCAUCACAAUUGAGCAGUUUAGAGAGCUUGGAGACGCUGAAUAUCUCUCACAAUAAUCUCUCUGGUUCUAUUCCAAUUACUUUCGAAGAGAUGCAUGGUUUGUCGUCCAUCGAUAUAUCUUACAACGAAUUGGAAGGUUCCAUUCCUUCCAACCGAGCAUUUCAAAAUGCUUCCAUAGAAGCAUUUCAGGGGAACAAAGGAUUGUGUGGGGAUGUUCCAGGACUGCCACCAUGCAAUUUUUCCAUCAACAAACGCACCUCCAAAAGGAGCCAUAAAAUGUUGUUUCUAAUAAUUUUCCUGCCUCUUUGUGGAGCAUUUUCACUUCUCGCUUUCUUGGGAGUUUUUUUCUGUUUACAAAAGAGAAAAGAUCCAGAAGCAGACGAUCAAGAUGAUGAAGAAUUUCCAAUAUCAAAUUCUGUUGGAAGAAUCAUGCAUGACGAAAUCAUAAAAGCUACCAAUAGUUUCGAUGUUGUAUUUUGCGUUGGGAAGGGAGGAUGUAGCAGCGUCUACAAAGCAAAUUUGCCAUCAGGAAUUAUAGUAGCCGUGAAGAAGCUCUACUCAUUUCAUGACGGCGAGAGUACAUGUGAAAAAGAGUUCUUGAACAAUAUCAGGGCAUUAACCGAGAUAAGGCAUCAGAGCAUAGUAAAACUUUAUGGUUUUUGUUCGUAUGCUUCACAUUCAUUUCUGGUUUAUGAGUACCUUCAAGGCGAUAACUUGGCCACAAUCCUGGGCAAUGAUAAAGAAGCUAAAGAAUUGGAUUGGAGUAAGAGGGUAAAUAUUGUUAAAGGUGUUGCCAAUGCCCUGUCUUACAUGCACCACAAUUGCUCACCACCAAUUAUUCAUCGAGACAUAGCAAGCAAAAACAUUAUGCUUGAUUCUGAAUUCGAGGUUCACAUAACAGAUUUUGGCACUGCCAAGCUUCUAAAUCCUGAUUCAUCCCAUUGGACUGCACUGACAGGAGCAUAUGGAUAUGUUGCACCAGAGCUUGCUUACACAAUGAAGGUGACUGAAAAAUUUGACGUGUAUAAUUUUGGAGUGGUGGCAUUAGAAGUGAUCAAUGGGAAAUGUCCGGGUAAAAUUAUCUUCUCUAUGUCAUCCCCUUUAGUUGAAAGACCACUCCUGGAAGAUAUUUUAGACCAACGCCUUCCAACUCCUUCCCCUCAAGUUCAAGAUGAACUGAUGACAAUCAUGAAGGUUGCAACUGCAUGUUUAUAUAGCAAUCCUCAAUCUCGGCCAACUAUGCAUAUGAUUUCUCAGAUUUUAUCAGCUAAGAUUCCACUCUAAAGUACAAAGUUCUAAGUUAAUAGUUCAAUGGCUGAGUGCCACUAAUGAAGUUUAACAAAUUAUAUUUAGAUUGUGAGGUUAUUUUUGUUAGAGGUUAUUCUUAUCCUUGUUUCAGUUAUAAUGAUUAGCUUGCUUUGUUGUAUUU